AUGGGGUCAUUGUUCAGGAGCUUCCGACGAGAUGCGGGCGCCACCGCACCUUCGGUCGGGGCGACUCCCGCAAAGAAAGAACCCCCGCCACCUCCGAUGACGCCCCUCGAGAAGAUGCUACAGGACAUGGGUGCGAUCCGAGAGGAUGGUAGUGACAAUUACUGCAACUCGAUAUUACAAUGUCUCUACUACUCGGUCCCUUUCCGCGAAGCUGUGAUCAAUUAUCCCACCCGGACCCCCAUAGAAAGCUUGACGGCUGCAUUGGCAGAGACACUUCGCUAUCCGAACCCAAACGCGCAUUUAGAAGCCGAGGCCCAGGCCGAGAAGCAGAAGGCGGCCAACGCCCAGCGCCCUGGGGCACCGCCCAACCAACCGCAGAAGCCCGAAGACAAAGACUCCCCCGAAUACAAGAAGAAGAUGGCAUUACAGACGUUUCCACUUUUAGAGACGAAGAAUAACGCCCCCAGUUACGGCAUGUCCGAAUCGCUUUUUACCUCAUUGAAAGACUUAUUCGAGUCCGUUGUGGGCAGCCAGUCUCGCAUAGGAAUUGUUCGACCACAGCAUUUUCUUGAUGUUCUCCGCCGCGAGCACGAGAUGUUUCGUACCGCCAUGCACCAGGAUGCCCAUGAAUUUCUGAAUCUGUUGCUGAACGAAGUUGUUGCAAACGUGGAAGCCGAAGCUUUGAAACAGCCCUCAUUGGAGAGGAGCCUUCCUCCUGCCGAAAGCUCCGAAUCUGUGGAACAUUCGGGCAGUUCGGGGUCUAAGACGCCCAACACCACACGAUGGGUACACGAGUUGUUUGAAGGAACGUUGACAUCGGAGACCCAAUGCCUUACAUGCGAAAAGGUAUCCCAACGAGAUGAGGUUUUCCUGGAUCUGUCUGUGGAUUUGGAGCAGCAUUCGUCCGUCACGUCUUGUUUGAGGAAGUUUUCCGCCGAAGAAAUGCUCUGCGAGAGGAACAAGUUUCACUGCGAUAACUGUGGUGGUCUUCAGGAAGCUGAGAAGAGGAUGAAGAUCAAACGAUUACCUCGGAUUUUGGCUCUCCAUCUGAAGCGUUUUAAGUACACCGAGGAUCUCCAACGGCUUCAAAAGCUGUUUCAUCGGGUAGUGUACCCGUAUCACCUUCGGCUUUUCAACACCACAGAUGAUGCGGAAGAUCCCGAUCGGCUGUACGAGCUCUACGCUGUGGUGGUCCACAUCGGCGGAGGUCCGUAUCAUGGUCAUUACGUUGCCAUUAUCAAAACGCAAGAUCGUGGUUGGCUGUUAUUCGACGAUGAAAUGGUGGAGCCGGUCGAUAAGAACUAUGUACGCAACUUCUUUGGCGACAAACCAGGUCUCGCUUGUGCCUACGUCCUAUUUUACCAAGAGACUACACUUGAAGCUGUUCUCCGGGAACAAGAACAGGAGAACAUGGACCCGGCUCUAGCCACGACAGAGACCAAUGAUUCAUUGAAACAGAAUGGUUUUGCCCAGUCACCAGCCCUGGGUCUGGUGCAUAGUGCGUCGCAAAUACCGUCGCACGAUGAACCGCAUCGGCUCAACAGCCUCAAGCGCGCUCCAACUGCUCCCUCGCUACCUACUCACUAUGAGCAUACUGAUACAAACAGCGCUCCCUCCAUUCCAAAACCUGCGAUGGCACCGCCUGUCCCACCAAUCCCGGAAACGCAUUCCAUGCCCCUGAGCCCUAAGAAGAGUGAUCUCCAGUCACGAAAGGAGCGAGCCAAAGAAGAAAAGGAACGAAAAGCCGCAGAGAAAGAAAGAGAGAGACAACGCCGCAAGGAGCAAGAGGCUACCCGCAAGGAACAGGAGGCUAGAGCCAGAGAAAACCAACGACGUGAAGAUGCGGAGCUGAAAGCUGCCCUCGAAGCGAGUCGGGCGUCGAAGGCGGAUGAGGAUCGGCGCAACCAGGAGGGCCAGAAGGACCGGGAUCCGGGGCGGUCUGGCCAUGGCUUAAGCCGUCUCAAGCGAGGGAGCAAGAGUUUCAGUCAUCGACUCAGCAAGGAUAAGGACACUCGAGUCCCAUCGUCCAGCAACCCUGGCGUGCCAGAUCCCAAUAGUCCUCCGCUCAACAACACUGUGGUGACAUCCGAGCACCAAGAGCAAGAACAGCAACCGCCAAGUGAUCAGCAGCCCGGAGCCUCCCGCCUUUCCAAGAAGCACAAUUUGAAUGAUGAAGAACGGGAUGCCAAUAAGGAUCCUAAACAAGACAAGCCCGGCCAUGGCAAAUGGAGGAGCUUUAGUCUCCGAAAGAAAUCUUUGGGCAUCCUUUCAUGA